UUUUUUUUCAUAUAUAGUUUAUUGGCAAGACCCCACAGCCGGUUAUUUCAAUGUCUUUCUUAACAAAGGCCUUCAAGUGAUGUUUACCAUGUGCUAGAUGCUCUUAACCUUCACAACUAUCCGUCAAAGGAGGAAUUAUUACCCAAUUUCACAAAGAAACAGGCAGAAAAUGUCUCCAAGUCCAUGUGACUGUGUAAUAUAUGUCAGGGUCAGGAUUUGGACCUAGAAGCUUUCAGGGAACGAGGUGUUCAGGAGGCUCUUCUGUCAUCUGUUCUCCUGCAAACUGAUCUGGUUCUUGUCAGCUCUGAUACUAUGCGAGGCACAAGUGGUGACCCAGGAUGUAAGAGAGCCGCUGAACACACCUGCCUCUUUAAGCUGCUCUCUGCAAAAUCCCCAAGAAGUCUUGAUUGUGACAUGGCAAAAAAUCAAGGCUGUAAGCCCGGAAAACAUGAUCACCUUCAGCGAGAACCAUGGGGUUGUAGUCCAGCCUGCCUAUAAGGACAAGAUAAACAUCACCCAACUGGGACUCAUGAACUCAACCAUUACCUUCUGGAAUACCACCUUGGAGGAUGAGGGGUGUUACAAGUGCCUCUUCAAUACCUUUGGUUCUGGGAAGAUCUCAGGAGUAGCCUGCCUCACCCUCUCUGUACAGCCCAAAGUUUUCCUUCACUACAAAUUCUCUGAAGACCACCUAAAUAUCACUUGCUCUGCCAAUGCUCGCCCAGCCCCUGUGAUCUCCUGGAAGGUCUCUGGGUCGGGGAUUGAGAACAGUACUGAGAUUCUCUCACACCCCAAUGGGACAACAUCUGUCACCAGCAUCCUCCAGGUCAAAGACCCCAAGAGUCAGGUGGGGAAGGAGGUGAUCUGCCAGGUGCUGUACCUGGGGACUGUGACCAACUACAGGGAAACGGUGAACAAAGGUAAGAGAGAGUGGGCCGAGAUGGCGGUGGUCACAUCUGCAGACACACGCGUGGAAGGCGCUGAAUGCUCUGCAGAGCCUCUCAGCCUCUUAGCAAAGGAGCUGAUAAGAGACAGAAUGGGGCUUUUGGUUUUCAGUUCCACUGUUGUUAAGUAUUGUUUCCCUGGUAAUUCUUCUGGUCUUAAUCUCAAUCCUACUGUACUGGAAACGCCGUCGGAACCAAGACCGAGAGCCCUAGAGGAGUCAACAGAACCCUGAAAGUUAUUCCCUGGUCUACUUGAAUCUGACUCAGUAGGAUAGCAGGAGAAAGGGGGUCAUUCUCCAAGGAACCUAACAGAGCAAAAGAAGUGGGAGUCAAAGCCUAAGGAUUUUGAGAAUUUCUGCCGCCAUCUAGGCUACCCAGAGCUUAUGUGAGUUCCAAGAGGAAGUCAUUUUACCUCUCAGGUCUGUUAUAGGACUUGACUUUGUGAAACGAUGCAGUGCUGUGCUGUUGAAAGGAUUCUGGACUUAGAAUCAGGAGCCACUGCUCAGACGCCGACUUUGACUCCAACUGGUGGCAACUCUGUGUUCAUCACUAACACAGUGAACUUCCAUGUUUGCAUCCAGAAAAUUAAGAGGUGGGACCAGAUGAUUUGCCAUUUAGUUCCAAAAACUGAUGAAAUUCCAGGAAAAAAAAUGAAUAAAAAAGAAAGAGAAGAAUACAGGAAGGUUGAGGACCAAAGAACUUUUCUGAGACUACCUUUUGCCUUUCUGCUGAUGCUCUGUCUCUUCUUCCCUUCCUCUUCUUGGGUCCAUAAGUCUGUUUCCUCAUCACUUGGGAUGUAGUCUACUGCCUGCUUACUGUUUUGCUAAUAACUGGUCUUUCUAGAAGCUUCAGUGUCACUGCUAUUCUUCAUGUACUUCUGUGAUGUUUACCACAAUGAAACUGGAACUGAUUUGUCGUGAAAUAACAUUGGCAACCUUAACUUUACUUAUCUAUUUUUAUAGCCGACUAAUUAUUGUUAGUAUUAGACAGCGGCUCAUAUUUUGAAAAAGCAUGCAUAUCUUGUCCCAUUUGUCUCACGGUAAGACCCAGACCUGUUUUAGUCAUUUUAAAUUCAGCCUAGUAAUAUGAAAACAUAUCAUGAACAUAGGCAUUUAGGGAGUUUCCUGAAUAGCAGUCAGCCAGUUCCAAUGCUUUGUGUCUCCUAGCUUCUUUUUUCACGAGUUAACUUCUCAUAAAAGCAGUGGAAGCAUGUAUGGGUGUACAAAUCUUUGUUGUAAACAUAUUGUUCGAACUAGUAGAACAGUUAUGAACUCUUCAAUAGUCAUAAGAUGAAGUUAGUGACCUGUUCAGUAUCUUUUGCUUUCUUGUCUCUAUCCAGUGAUGUAGGAACUAAAACUUAAAUUGUUUUCACUUUUGAAUGGCAUAUUUAUAUAUUUAGUAAGUGUUUUCAUGUUAUUUAAUUCUAUAUUAUUUUGUAUAUUUGUAUUAAUAUACUGAGUAAUUAAAAGUGUCUAAAUAUUUGGUGCAUGAUGUUCUCUUGGGAAA